AUGAAGUUCGCUGUUGCCUCUAGCCUCCUGCUGGCUGGCCUCGCUGCCGCAGCCCCUUUGACUGAGAAGCGCAUGGCACGUCGUGCUGCUGGUUCUCGCCGCUCGAACCCCGCUUAUGUCCCUGGUGCUUUCGGUACUGAGCUGUUGAACAUUACUCAAUCCACCCGAGAGGUUGAGUACAGCGAGAACUGGGCCGGUGCUGUCCUUGUCGGAACCGGUUAUACCGCUGUCUCCGCCGAAUUCACUGUUCCUACCCCUUCUGCUGUUGGAUUGGGCAUUGGACAGUUCUGCGCCGCUGCUUGGGUCGGUCUUGAUGGCGAUACCUGCGACACUUCCAUUCUCCAGACCGGUGUCGACUUCUGCAUUGAUGAUGGUGACGUUUCCUACGACGCCUGGUACGAGUGGUACCCUGACUACGCUUACGACUUCUCUGGAAUCACAAUUCAAGCCGGAGAUGUCAUCAAAAUCUCCGUUGUUGCUGACAGCAAGGCUUCUGGUGUUGCCACUGUUGAGAACGUUAGCAGAGGCAAGACCGUCACUCACACUUUCCUCGCCGAAUCAGACGAGCUUUGCGAGUGGAACGCUGAAUGGAUUGUUGAGGAUUUCGAGGAGGGAAGCUCUUUGGUCAACUUUGCUGACUUCGGAACCGUCACCUUCACUGACUGUGAGGCUACCAAGGAUGAUGACACUGUUGACACCUCUGGUGCUGUUAUCAUGGACAUUGAGCAGGAUGAAACCGUCCUUACCUCCGUUACUGCUUCUGGCAGCACCGUUAUCGUCAACAUCCUUUCAAUGUCUCAUCAGCAGCCAAAAGUUCCUGUGCGCCAAAAAGCUUCCAAGAUUGAAAAUGGAAUGCAUCGGGAAUUUGUUUUGGCCGCUGUGCAGUUCCACAAGCUGCCAGGUACAUACAAAUAG